AUGAUGAACGGGGAGAAGGACAACACCGCCGGCCUGAGCCAGCAAGUGCUGGUGGAAUCCGCGCUGGAGCAGUCGGACCUCCACGCCCAACACUCUUUAUCGACAUUUGAAAGAGUCCUCACCACUCACGCGCCUAUCCUCGAAUCCCUCCUUCUACAGACCCCCACCGAUUCUAUUCUCUCGCUCUACCACACUUCCCGCUACCUCCGCUCCUUUCUCCGCUCAUACCCAACAGCAUGGAAGUACCUUUCGUUCCGGCUCCUUUAUCCCUCAGGCACCCCUCCGCCGAUUCGCGUGGUCCUCACCGGUUCCUCGGAGGCAGUGGUGCCCCGCCAGUCGCGACCGUACGCUCUCGAUCAGUUGUUGAUGAAUGUGGUGCUUCCGUUCAGCCCGUGUUUGCGCAGCCUGGAGUUGGAUAACACGGCGGUCUCGGGUCAGAUCCUUAUCUCUACAGUCCUACAUGCUCGACGGGAGACACUGGAGCAUCUCUCUGUUCGGGGGUGCAAGAACGUCUCACUCAAGUAUCACAUUAUUCCUUACUUGACCAUGUUCGGCCUCCAGUACGAUGUGAACAUGGAACGGAAUAUCGGUAGCUCCCCUGCCACCAAACAUCUCGCCCUCAAAAGUCUAUACACCUACCGAUGUCGCCAUCACCGCCGUCGCCCCUACCUCACGUCAUCGCUGUCGCGAAAGGAUUCGGACUCCGAGCCCACACAUGAGCUGGUCAACCUCUGUCACAGGCUGGGCAUCUGGACGGAUACGGCAUGGUGCUCGACCCCGGCCGGGCGGUGCUUCCGCAGACGAGGGUACGUGUCGAUGCGGGUUCCCCAGGGUUCGGCCGAGGUCUGGGUCGUCUUCGAUCGGCUGUGGAGGUCGAAGAACUGGAUCGGACCGAUCGACUCGGGUCACCGGCCAGCUCAGCGGGACGGCAAGCUGUGGGAGCACAAUGAGACGGGCUAUUGCGGCGAACCGCUGGGGACGGGCGAAAUCGGUGAUCUCGGUGACGGCAAGAUGAAACCGGCGCAUCUGCGUCAAAGUCACGCGCAAUUUGUCCAGAACAUCCGCUGCGACAACUGCUGCGAAGUGAUCCCGGAGCGGUGCGAGCAAUGCAGCAUCCUGAUGCACUGCGUCGGAUGUCGAAAGACUCUCUGUGCUAGCUGUGCGUACGAUCGGCCUUACAUUGCUGGUCAUUUGGAGCCCGCCUCGACCAAGGAGUCGAAUCCGUUCUGGUGGGCCCCUGGCGCAACAGUUUCGCCGUGUUCGAUGCAAGACCCGCUGGAACUCACGGACCACGAGGUACUUACCACCAACCCCACCGCUCCUGCCGCUUAUCCUGCCCUGAAGCUGCACUGGUGCUGCACGGAGCCCAUUUUCUCCGGGGGAGGCGGUAUCAGUAUCGGCACUUCCAACCGGGAUGUAGAUCAAGUGCGCGCGGUGCCGCUACCCAGGGGACAAGGCUGGGAGGACCUCGAAAUCUCGGCCCAGGAAUGGAGCAAGACGUUCCCCCGCGACGCUUACGGAGAUCCCCGCAAGCCGGAUUACACACUUGAGACGGGACACAUCGCCAUGAUGAAGUGGCUGCUGGGUCCGCCCAACCGCCAGCCCACGGCUUGUCCCCGCAACUUGUGCCAGGAUUGCUACGACACGCCGCAGUGGAAGGUACAUUGCAAGAGCUGCUCGAAGCCGUUGUGCAUUGAGCAUGAUCUCCGCGGUCUACGAUUGCGAAUCUGCGGCUACCGGGACUUGACGCUGGAGAAGAUGGCGAUCCAAAACCACGCUGCAUCAAGCUCUCGCGGCUACCUUGCCCCGCACAUGGCGUAUCCUCACUCCGUGCCUGAGUUCGAGUUACCGUUCCGGACCCAGCGGAUGAUCGACUCCACGACGAGCAGCUUCACUGAGGACCACGGUGACGGGGCGGGGGACGUGCGCAGCCGCGCUCUGCCCGAACCCCCGGGACCCGCGUUGCUAAUCCAUCGCCGCUCGCGAAGUCUGUCCCUGUCCAACUCCAACCGAUCCCGCUCGUCCUCCCCCUCAUCCAUCUACUGUGACUCGCCGUCCGAGCAGCUGCGCUGGCAAGGUUGUCAGUCCUUCUUCUGCCCGCAGUACCGGGCCGUCGGCGACCAGCGCCAGCGCUGCGCCAGCGUGCUCCGCGAAUGCACGAGCUGCGCCGUCUACGUGUGCCAGGACUGCGUGAAGGCCUACCCGCCCUGCAAAUGCUCCUUCUGUGAGGUCAACUACAUCUGCCCCAACUGCGUCAAGGUACGCGAGCGCGAGGGGACCUGCCGCCGGUCGGCAGAGGAGAAGGCACGCCGCGAGCAGAAGUGGAAGGAAGACAUGCGCAUGCUCGAGGGGAUCCUGGAGGCGAAGCUCGCGAACGCGACCGCCGAGUAUGCGGGCCAGUUCUUCGGAUUUCUGGAGGGCGGGGAAGUGAGCAGCAGCAGCCCGGGGGCGGGGGAAGAAUCCGAUGCGCCGCAUCCGGACCCGAGCGACCUGCACGGCCUCCAUGAAGUCGAUCUUUUCGGAGAGGAGAUUCUCACGGAUAGUACGGAAUGA